CCGCCGCCUCACGAAAUGGCCGCGGGGACGCGCGGUUGCCAGGCAACGUGCCCGGGGGGCGGGGCAGGGCCGGCCUCCGGCCGCCAGGGGGCGCUGCCGCCCCAUAAGGCCCCGCGGCGGGGCGGGGCCCGCCUCUUCCCCGCCUCCGCCAUGGCGCAAGACCAGGGUGAGAAGGAGAACCCCAUGCGCGAGCUGCGCAUCCGCAAGCUGUGCCUCAACAUCUGCGUCGGGGAGAGCGGCGACCGCCUCACCCGCGCCGCCAAGGUGCUGGAGCAGCUCACGGGGCAGACCCCCGUCUUCUCCAAGGCACGAUACACUGUGAGAUCCUUUGGCAUCAGGAGAAACGAGAAGAUUGCCGUUCAUUGCACGGUUCGCGGGGCCAAAGCAGAGGAGAUUUUGGAGAAGGGGUUAAAGGUGCGAGAAUAUGAGUUGAGAAAAAACAACUUCUCAGACACUGGGAAUUUUGGCUUUGGAAUACAGGAGCACAUCGAUUUGGGGAUCAAAUACGAUCCCAGUAUUGGUAUCUACGGCUUGGACUUCUACGUGGUGCUGGGCAGGCCUGGUUUCAGCAUCGCUGACAAGAAGCGCAGAACCGGCAACAUCGGAGCCAAGCACAGAAUCGGGAAGGAAGAAGCCAUGCGCUGGUUUCAGCAGAAGUACGAUGGCAUCAUCCUUCCUGGCAAAUGAACAGCUCCUGUUACCAAAAAGCAAAUAAAGUUUUAUAACUCCCAAA